AUCACCAAGUUGAUACGAACCUCAAUACACUGAAUGUUGUGUUUCUGCUUCAUUUCUGAAGCAAGACGGAUUAAAUUUAUUUUUAUAGAUGUGUAUAUGACGAUGUGAUGAUUUUCACUCAACUCUAGGUUUGUUGACAUAUUGGUGCCUUCACGCCAGACUAAAAUGAGGAGGAAUAAUGGCAGUACAGUAGCAGCAAAUGGAAAUUAUUCUGGCAGAGAAGUUUCAAGAAACAAUCCAGAUUGGACUCUUCGAAUUGGCUGCAGCUGUAUUUUGCGAUUUCGAAUCAUGGAUGGACUUAGGCCGAAAAAUUAUAAAUGUGAUGGGUGUUGAUGGGUGGCCCUCCAAUGAAACCUGGAACGCAUCACCCAUCACAUCAGAUUUUGCUGUUAUUGAUGCAGCCCAAAAGUUGCUCGUGGGUGGACUCGUCGGUUGGAGCCCGCCUGCCUCGAGGCUGACCACGUCUACCCCAAGUCUUCGCAAUUUUGCACACCGCCGCUGGGGAGGAGGAGCAGGAGGCCGGGUGCCCGGUGCCAUGCGGGCGACCCGCGUGCCGGGGCCGAGGUAGGGCCGCCAUGAGGCGGGGGGCGGCGCGGCGGGGGCGGGCCGGGGCCCCUCCGUGGGCCCCCCUGCUGUGGCUGGUGCUGCUGCCCGCCGCCCUGGCCGCGCACUGGACGCACUCCGCCGAACUGGAUAGAAACUUUUCCGUCUUCUGGACGCCCGGCGAGGACGACAUCACCUUCGAGGUGCAGGUCCGGACGCUGGGCUACGUCGGCCUCGGAUUCUCCGUCGACGGCAAGAUGAAAGGAGCGGACAUGGUCAUCGGCUGGGUGCGCGACGGGCAGGUCUUCUUUCAGGACCGCCACGCAGUCGACCGCUACGAGCCCGAAGUGGAUUCUAGUCAAGAUUACGAACAGUUAUUGGGAUACGAAAAUGGCACUCACACUGUCCUAAGGUUUCGGCGGAAAUACGACACCUGCGACCCGCAUGACUUCAAAAUAACGAACGACACGGUGCGAAUGCUGUACGCCUAUCACGACCGCGACCUGACGGGGUCUGGGUCGGAGCCGCUGCCCUACCACGGGUCGCAGCGCGGUUCGCGCUCCGUGUUCCUGCUCGAGAGGGUCCCGAAGGAGGACCCCCUGCCGAGGGACACGCUCGUCUGGGACCUGCGGAACCCACAGGUCCAGCUGCCGAACACAGAGGACACCCUCUACUGGUGCAAGAUCUUCAAGUUACCAGAACUCAGGCGGAAACACCAUAUGGUCAAAUACGAGCCGAUCCACCAGGCGGGCAACAGGGCCUACCUGCACCACCUGGUGGUGUACGAGUGUUCGGGGGACGCCACCCUGUUCGAGAAGCAUGUGGGCGCGAAGGGCGAGCCCUGCUACCAGCCGCACAUGCCAAGCGAGUUCCUCAGCUGCCACAACGUCGUGGUCACCUGGGCCGUCGGCUCUGAGGGCUUCAACUUCCCGUCCGAGGCCGGCUACCCGCUGGACCCCAGCUCCGGGGCGCGCUUCUACAUGAUGGAGACGCACUACAACAACCCCAACAUCGACCCGGGCAUCGUGGACUCGUCCGGCGUGCGCAUCUUCUACACGCCCACGCUGCGGCGCUACGACGCGGGCGUCAUCUCGGUGGGGCUGGACCCCAACUGGAGGCACAUCAUCCCGCCCGGCAGGCCCGAGGUGGUGAGCGAGGGCCACUGCAUCGCGGACUGCACGCGCCAGGCGCUGCCCGCCCAGGGCAUCAACGUGUUCGCCACGCUGCUGCACACGCACCUCAUCGGUCGCAAGGUCCGGUUCCGCCAGAUCCGCGGCGGCGAGGAGCUGCAGCCCAUCACCGCGGACAACAACUACGACUUCAACUACCAGGAGUAUCGGCGGCUCAAGAAGCCCGUCAAAGUGUACCCGGGCGACCACCUGAUCGCCGAGUGCACGUACAACUCGGAGGCCCGGUCCACCAUCACCCUGGGCGGGCUGACGGCCCGGGAGGAGAUGUGCCUGGCCUUCGCCCUGUACUACCCGAGGGUGGACCUCACCCUGUGCUACUCGCUGCCCUCGCUGCCCACCGUGCUGCACUCGCUGGGCAUCCAGGAGCUCAUGCCGAACUCCUCGCCGGUCAAGAUCAAGCUGCCCGAGGAGCUGCGCGACAUGACGCUGGAGACCAGGCUCAUCACGUACGACUGGGAGAAGCACUUCGGCUCCUUCCAGGAGGCGACACGCAAGGGCUCCUUCAAGCCCCUGUGCUGGGCGAAGAGGCCCGCCCUGUUGCCUGGCACCGAGGAGACGGAGGCGACCUACCCCAACAUCACGCGGUCGUGGCGGCCCGAGGCCACGUGCCACCGGCGGCGGCCGCACCGCAAGAAGAAGCCCGGCGACGAGGCGACGGGCGACGCCAACGAGACGUUCCUGGACGACGAGAGCGCGGCGCGCGACAACGCCGUGCUGGCCGACGACGACAACAGCCUGAACGCCAUCGGCGCGCAGGAGCAGUCGCGGCUCAACAGCGGCGCGGCGGCCCACGCCGCCUCCUGGACGGCGACCUGGGUGGCGCUGCUGCUGGCGCUGCUCGCGGCGCGAGUCCAGAGAUGAGCGCGCUGCUGCCGUCUCCCGCACCGCCCUGGCCGGCCAGGCUCUGUGAUAGGUCCCCCUCCCCCCACCCCCACCCUCCCCUGUGCUGUGACUACGCGCCCCGCCGUGCCUCUUUUAGUCAACGCGGCGCGGCGGGGCAGUGUGCCCGGUGUGAAAUGGGAUAUCGGAACGAUGCCGAAACGAUAUCGGAGGGAUGCUGCCAAAGGCAGUGUCGACGCCGUAGCGGUUUCGCUUUGACAUCGUCUUGACAUUCAUUUCUCACUGGGUGGGCCCGAAGUGACGUGGCCCGACGUGUAAACUAGUGAAGUGGUCAAGUGGACAAGAAGUAGUGCAAGGAUGAGCAGCGCAUCGACGUCACCUGCUGGGGCAUCGACCCCUUUCCAUCCUCGGUAUAGUUUACGUUAUUUUUACUCCUGGAUCUCUCUUUCUGUACACUCCCCGGAGAGGUGGAUGAUAUUCCGAACUUACUUUAACUUUAACCAGAAUGAAUCGAAAAGGGGAUAGAUAUUUAAGAUAUUUCUGAGAAAUGCAUCGAACUCUUUGGUAUGCAGCUUGUUGUCGCAGGGAAGUCCAUAAUGAAGGCGUUUGAUGUGCAGUGAAUCUCAUUAGCACUACAAUGUAUUUAUUUUUGUAUAUAGUGUACUAUAUAACAGAAAUACAUAGAUAUAAUAGACUGCCGUUAGGCUACAGGAAUGCAACCUUGGUUUCUUUCCGAUCAACGCCAUUUAUAAGGCUAAACUAAUCAUUAAACAUCUAUCUCCAUAAUGACGUCCUUCCCUUGCCGGACUGGUUUGACUGUUCACCGAUUUAACAGAUUCCAAGCCUCAAAUGACCGAUGGCUCCUACACUGUGAUAGCAUUAUGGACAUUGUUUGCUGACUAAAAUGUUGGUCAUUCUCAUUAAACCACCACUGGCAUAUAAAAUUUUUAUUAAAUAUGCUAGUUUGGAUAUGUGACAACUUAAAUGCCAGCUUCUGAGAUUUGUUUUAUUCUAUGUCUUAAAGUGCCUAUAUUGUUUAUACGUAAACAUUUUGUUAGUCUCCUCUUUUAAAGAAAAACACUCUCAUUGGUCUUAACAGUUAUUGUGUUUUCUUUUCUUAAUUACAGUAAAUUAAAAACAAAAACUUUUUCUUUUUUUACAUAGCUAAAACUUCUUGUAUGCCUAAUGAGAGAAUUUUUUAAAAGUUACCACUGUUUGGUAUUUACUUAUAUGACUUGUAAGUAUCUUGUAUGUACUAUUGUAGAUAUUGUCAGUAUUUUACCAAAAGUGGAAUUAAUGGUUGAUGGAUUUACUGAGUUUUUUUGGUUGAGGUUUUGUAAACUGAGGGAUCGUCCAGAAUGUGCGUGCGUCAUUUGGCGUUACGCACCUGUAAAGUUCAGCCCCUGCAAGCUCUCAUAGCGCCUGAUGGGUAGGCAACAUCUUGCCUGCAGUGCAUGCGUGAACUGCGGGGUGGCCUACCCGGAGUCUUGCAGGCGUCGAGCUCCCGUAAUUUGCCGUAUAAAUCUCAGAAUAACGGACCUACUUUCUGGACGAUCCCUUCUGUAAAGAUAUACCUCGUAGCACAGAUCAUUCUUAAAAUGUUACCUCAACAUUCAGAUAACCAAUAGAACAUUCUGAGGACGUUGUUAAGGUGUUCGGUGCUAUAAAGAAUUGUCUUAAAAGUAAUCUCAACCAGUCUCAUUCUCCUUUAACUGUUCUGCGCCCAACUAUUGUUAAAUAGUUUCCUGCUUUAGUAUGCUCUUGUAUAUAUUAUUGUAAUCUAAUUGACUUGGGUGCUUUGAUUUGGAGUGUUACGUGAAUUAUUGACUGACCUGUUGGGAAUGAAAGAGUGAAUGAAUGAUUGUUGAAUGUGUGCAAUUAAGAAUGGUACAGUUUUAUCUUAAAGUUCUAUAAUGUAGAUUGACUUCAUACUAUUUUACACAUUAGUGAUACUUUAGCACUAUGUCAUUGCAUAGUUUCAUAUUGUGUUUGUUGUUAUUGUUGUCACAGUGGUAUUUUGCUUGUGCAUUCAUAAAUGUGCUAUGCAAUCCAUUCUUGAUAAUGUUGCUAGUCUUAUGAGGUCCAAUCUUAUUUAUUUUUUCAAAGUGGGAAGAAAAUUAGCAGCGAAACACAUUUUUCCUCCAAGGGGUUUCAAUGUUAAAAAGCCAUAUAGGAUAAACUAUUGCACAUUGAAAUGGUAGAAAUCAAGAGCAUGGACUUCUUAAACUCAUACAUUUGAUUUUGUAACUUGCCAUUAUUUGCGCCAUGGUUUCAGCAUAUUUAUUGGGUAUACAUAUACAUGUUGUAAUUUGUUUUUUAUAUGUGAUUUAUUUUAUAUUGAUUUGUUAUGGAAAUUAUCAUUGUAAUUUCUGCCUAAACAUCUACUGGCACUUGAUCAAAACUAAAUUUUUUUCUGCAACCAUAAAAUCUUUUGAAUAACAGUCUGUAGUUCAUCCAUAAUUUUAAUAUGACGGUCAAGCAACAACAGUUUCUCUUGUAUUCUAUUUUUAUUUUUUUUAAUUACAGGUUUCAUAGGAGUUAGUCAAACCUUGAUCUACAAUUGUAACAUAUAAUUUUUAUGCCCUCUCAUACUUGCUUGUGAUUUUCUGCUAAAUAGUUUGUUUCAUGGUUCCUUGACCAAAAAUUAGAUUUUAGAUUAAGCAGAAAUUGUUGUCAGGGUUAUGUCUAAAAUUUCAAUUCACACAGAUAAAAAAUGUACCAAGUGUCGAGUCAAAGUUUAAAAAUUGCUUUAGUUUGCUGGCUUAGUCUAACUUGUAUGAGGAGCCCCACAGAUCUGAUGAACCAGUUCUUGUAACUUAAAAAAUAAUUGUAAUCUAGUAAAACACUUCUCCCCUAUCAAACAAACACACCUCAUCUUUUGUCCCACAGAA